AUGGGCUACGAUACACGCAGGCGCACAAUUGUAUUAACUUACAAAGCCAUUGGCAUGGGCAACGUUGAAACUUCAGCGCUAUCUGGCCUUCCGGCGCGCACCGUCCUUAACAUAAAUAAAAGAGCUCUUGCAAAUGGCUUUGACCCGAAUGCGCGUCCUUUGAAUAUUUCUGACGAUGUACUAGUUGAUGCCCCUCGUUCUGGAAGGCCGAAAAAGCAGACGAAAGAAGUGAAAAAAUUGGAAAAACUGGUGCUUUCCAAAGUGCAUACCUAUGAGAACGGCCGCGCCAAAUCCUUCACAAAGAUUGCUGCAGAAAUCACUCUCGAGGGAUUUCAGAUCUCCGAAACAUCUGUCCGGCAGAUCCUGAAAAGGGUUGACGCACAAAAAUGGACUACCGAAAGCCCGGUUCAUGAAAAGCUAUGCGGGGAGCUAGAACGUCUUGGACACUGA